AUGGCCACUGAUCUGAACGGAAAGAUAGACAUAAUCUACAGUGAGCUAAUGAGGAAGUUCGACGCUUUAAGUGAACACAUCAAGAGACUGGACGGUCAAGUCGCGGAAAACGCGACCGCCAUCAAAAGGGAGACGUCAAGUUCCAGCAGAAACCUCAUACCACAUUCUGUCCCGAUAUCCCUCGGAUACAACGAGUUCAAACCUACCAAAAUAACUUUGGUUCUUGCCGAGAGAUCCGUUAGAGUACCUGAUGGAGUACUUGACUACGUGCCAAUAAAGAUUAACGACUGUCACGUACUUAUGGAUUUCGUUGUGCUGAAAUAUCAGAAUGAACCGAAAGAGCCCCUCAUUUUGGGUAGACCAUUUCUAGCUAUAGCUGGUGCGAUCAUCGAUGUCAAGGAAGGUAGGAUAUGUCAAAACAUGGGAAACAUUCUGAUGACCUUCGACAUGGAAAAGCUGAUAAUAUGA